GGCAAGUAGCUUGUGUGUGCUCUUUUCCUAACCUUUGGUUUUGUCCCACUGGGUUUUCCAAAGGAAGGUUUUUAACGAGGCCACAAGUCUACUUCUCCUAUCUCCUAGAUGAUUGAUCUUGGUCUGUCCACAUGAAGACCUUAUCUUAUAUUUUAAGCUAUGCUUUUAUGUUAUUUAGUUUUCGAAACUCUUUUAAAUUUUGAAUAAGUCUUAGUCUUGUUUUUAGAUUACCAAGGGAGCCUGUUCCCUUUAAUGAAUUCGAGAAGUGGAGCCUGUUCCAGCCUUCUCUAUAUAAGCUUGUAGCCAUCUUCUUUUAUCAUUAAGCAAUCUUUUAUCAAAACCUUUUGGUUCUUUUCUCUCUUGUCGUGAGUGAGUGUCUGGUGUGUAAUAUCCAGUCUGUUGGUGUGUAAUAUCCAACGCCCAAGGGCUUUAGAGAGGUGUGUCAUAUCCGAUCUAAGCCUAGGAGUAUCAAGAAGCCUUUCCGCAGCCUCUUGUGUCACCAUUCGAUCCACAUACCUUGAGAAGCUUGAGUCUUUUGAUUCGUUUCUGCAAGGAUUAUCCCAUCUGUUCCAGAGCAUCAUCCUAGGAUCUCAUCAAGUGGUAUCAGAGCAACUCUGGAAGGGAAGUGUUCGAUUUUUCUCUCUGAUUUUCGUUUGGGUCUGAUCAUAUUCUGUCAAGUUUGAUCUGAUCUGUGUUCUUAGCGUUUAAAUCUGAUAAAUCCGUUUGUGUUUGCUAAAAACCUGUCGAUCUAUUCUUAUUCUCACUAGUUUUGAUUGAUCUAUGAUUGUGUUGUUGAGUUUUAAUAGAUUCAAGCUUGUUGAUCUCGUUUCUGAUAAAAACUUUUCACAUUCUUGUUGCAGAAGUAAUCGAUUUGCUUGAUCUGUUUCUGUUUUGGAUUUGUGUGAUUCCGAUCUGUUCUUAUUGCUUUGAAUAUAAUCUAUCUUGUUUGGUUGAUUAGAUUUCGAAUUUAAUCUGUCUCUGUUUAAGAUUGAUCGAUCAUAUUGCGUUGGUGAAUUGUUUCUGAUUAUCAAACUUGUUCUGAUUAUCAACCUGAUUGUGUUUGAAUUUUUAUCCUCGAUUUGAUCUGUUCUGAUUGUUAUCUAAAUCCAAUAAUUGUGAUCUGUUUUGUUAGAACUACUUACUGGUUUAAUUUUUUCUCUUGUCUCAGGUACCAUGGCAGGAGAUCAAAAAGGAGAACUCAGUAAGAAAGAAAAGCUUUUUCUUGAAGAAUUCACAGCCAGUCUGGAUAAAGCCUGCAAAGAUCAGUUGAGAAAAUUCAGACAAGACCUACAUCAGCAAAGGAAAGGCAGAUCAUCCAGAGAUGAGUACAAGAAAAAGGAGUUUGAUCAGUUUGACAGAAACCGGAAGCAUGCUGGAUUGAAAUAUCAAAUUCCUUCUUUUCAUGGCAAGGCUGAUCCUGCUGCAUAUGUGGAAUGGGAAGAGAAGAUGGAGUUGAUUUUCGACUAUCAAAGCUAUGCUGAAGUAAAGAAGGUUCAAUUAGCUACUGCUGAGUUUUGUGGUUAUGCUUCAAGCUGGUGGAAGCAAUUGGUGUCGUCUAGGAGACACUAUGGAAAAGAACCUGUUGCAACCUGGCUUAAGCUGAGGGCUUUGAUGCGUCAUAAGUAUGUUCCAAGACAGUACCACAAGGAAGUGCUUCGAAAACAGUCUGAAGCAAAGCCAUGCUCUGCAAACUCAGUCCAGGAACAACAAGGCAGAAUGAGAUCAAGAUCAACCGGUGUUAUUGGUUUACCUAGCAAGACAACGAGCUGGUUCUGUGAGGAGGACAUAAAGAAGCUGUCUCAAGUGACUAUGGAUGUGGAGAAACAAUUCAGGGAGACCCACACUACACGUCCAUCCUUAGAAGAACAGAACCAGGAGUUAAUCACUUCAGUCUCAGAACUUAAUUCAGCAGAGCCGGUAUCAGCUACAUCUAUUCAAGAAGAUCAAGCCAAAGAAUCAUCAGCUGCCAUUCAGAAAGAUGAUCAACCCAUCAAGGACGACCUGAUUCUCUUCAAACAGGAUGUAAUAGAAGAGGAGGCACCCAUGGCAUCAAAAUCAGACAGUGGAGUAGAGCAUCUAUUUGUCACUGAUUCAAACGGUUUCCAAAGGACAUUCUUGGGUACUUUUCUCAUCAGUCCUUUUGUGUGGAACAAGACCAGAGCAGUAGAGCUUUCAAGACACGAACUGGGCAUGGAACAUGUUGUAUUUGAGCCUGGAGGAGAGUUGUGGAAUCACAGGAACAAUCCCCUAGUGAUUGAGAAGAAAUCGGCAGCAACAAUAAUUGUUUUUGGUGAUCUUUUACCCUCUGAAGCUAAAGGGAUGCACGUCUCAGCUCAGCCAGAGUUUCACUACGAAACCAAUUGGAGAAUGUUACCCACUCUUUCCUGGAUCCAACAAACCGGAAAACGCAGCAAAUGGCCACCUGAUCAUCAAGAUAUUUUCAAUUCCGCAAAACAUAUCGGUUUAGCCAAAUUCUGUGAGCUGCUUAGAUCAGAUUGGGCUGGAAGGUUACAGAUCUACUUGUGGAAACCUGGAGCAUAUGACAGCACACUUAUCAUCCUUGGAGAGUGCUCUGCUCGUGCUAGAACCAGCUUGGGUAAUAAGGAGUUGGAAGCUGAUCAAAAUGCCUUGCUUCUUGAUCAUGUCAAGGUGUGGAAGCCACCAGAUUUGCAGAAGCUUCAAUACCAUUUCAGAGAUUGUCAAAUCAAGAGUGGAGAUGGAGAUUUCAUUAGAGUAAAUGGUGAAGUGAUUACUGGAGUAGGAGGAAAACUCAUGUUUUCUUCUCAAAUCAAGGAGAAACCACCAGAUGGACUCAGUCUACAUCAAUCUCCAAAUAAAUCAGCCCGAGGUCAAACAGUUUUGAGUGCUAUACUUUUCGAAAGGAGAGGCUAUAGUAAUGAUCAGAGUAUCAAGAGUGGAUCCUUGGCUAAGUUGGAGAUGCAACAAUCAAAUCUUGGAAGCUGUCUAGCCGUCAACCUUGACAUAGGAGCAGUUCGAGGAUCAUAUCUCAGCAACCAGAAGGAAUUAAGCAACAAACUCAACUGCAAUGGAAACUACACUCAUCAGGGUCUCACGUCGAACUGGAAUCAUGUCCAAAGCUACUCAAAUGAAAGAGUUAUGGGUUCUACAAGACGGGUGAUUCUGUGUUUGCUUUGUCUGAACUUUUCUGAGUUUAGAACAUCUCAAUCCUAUCUAUGGCGACCAGGUGAACAUGCUAAGGUAACUAAUCAUGUUUUCAAGAGUUCUUUUAUUGAUUACACAGAUAUGAUGCACUUGUUUUUGCCAAAAGAGUCAUGUGCAGAAUAUAUGGAAGCUUUGAAGCAUACCAAGGGAAAGAACAAGCGUGAGGAAGACAAACGUUUCAAGCCGCCUGAUCUAAGUCAGGAGAGACAACAGGACGUCACUUGCUUCAUCCUCAUCAAAGAAGCACCUCCAGAUGCAGCAUACAAGCCAAAACCGAGAAAAUACAACUUUGGGAUAAGACUCUUACUCUAUGAUGAUUUUGCUUGUGUUAACUUGUCUUGUUUCAAUGUAUCAGGUCUAAGUAAUGCCUCAGGAGUGAGGAAAGCCAAAUGGAUCAGUCCCUUCUACCUAAUAGAACCAGUCAGCGACAAUGCCUAUCAAAGAGGCUUGCAAGGUAAGUGUAAUCUGAUUAUAAACUCUGAUGAUACUGACUUGGUCCCUUCUAUUGCAGGUAACACAGAUUUGAGGACAAAUCUUUUUGAAGUGGGAGGGGAUGAUAUGAUCAUGGAAAGCACCAAGGACUGGAAGCAUGAACCUGAACCUGAAGAGCUUGUAGCUGAGGAUGCAACCUUGAAGAACAUUUGGAAACAAGAAGAAUACAUUAGUCUUGGCCGAAGCUUGAUCAUCCAAGACACCUUAACCAUCAUUCAAGCUACUCCACCUUCAAGCUGAUCAUCAUCUAGGCAAGUAGCUUGUGUGUGCUCUUUUCCUAACCUUUGGUUUUGUCCCACUGGGUUUUCCAAAGGAAGGUUUUUAACGAGGCCACAAGUCUACUUCUCCUAUCUCCUAGAUGAUUGAUCUUGGUCUGUCCACAUGAAGACCUUAUCUUAUAUUUUAAGCUAUGCUUUUAUGUUAUUUAGUUUUCGAAACUCUUUUAAAUUUUGAAUAAGUCUUAGUCUUGUUUUUAGAUUACCAAGGGAGCCUGUUCCCUUUAAUGAAUUCGAGAAGUGGAGCCUGUUCCAGCCUUCUCUAUAUAAGCUUGUAGCCAUCUUCUUUUAUCAUUAAGCAAUCUUUUAUCAA